UGUCUUCAAUUUCGAUUAUCUUUCUUGUAAAGUGUUGUUUUCUUAAUUUCAAUUUGCUUUUCUGGUGAAAAGAUUGAACUUUAUUGAAUCAAUUUGAUUAUUAGUCUACUGAAUUCGAGUCUUUUGUGUUAAAUUUAUGAGAAUUUGAAUGUACGCGAACAUGGUUUCGUGCAGAAUUAUGAGAUUGGAGUUUUGAUGAUUGAUCAUUUCGAUCUAUUAGGUUGAGUAGUAGCCGUUUCGAUUCAAGAUUCGAGUAACUCUGAUUUCAUUGGGAUCCAUUUGGAAGGUAAAAGUGCAUGUUAGGUGUUCGAUGAAAUUACCGGUCGACUGAGAAUCGUUUCUACAGGUUUUUGGGAUUUUAUUGGGAAUUUUAGGUCUUCAUAGGAAUGGAUGAUCUUGUGAUGGAUACGAAUGGAUUGGGGGAUGGUUCAGAUAUUGAAGGUGAUGAUAUAAGGUGUGAAAAUAUAGCAGAGAAAGAUGUAAGCGAUGAAGAGAUCGAUGCCGAAGAUUUGGAGAGGAGGAUGUGGAAGGAUCGAAUUAAGCUUAAGAGGAUCAAAGAAAAACAGAAGAUUUUAGCACAACAAACUGCAGGAAAGCAGAAGGCAAAGCAGACUAGCGAUCAGGCUCGUAGGAAGAAGAUGUCAAGGGCUCAAGAUGGGAUUUUGAAAUAUAUGUUGAAGCUUAUGGAAGUCUGCAAAGCUCGUGGUUUCGUUUAUGGGAUCAUUCCCGAAAAGGGUAAACCCGUAAGUGGUUCAUCAGAUAAUUUACGAGCUUGGUGGAAAGAAAAGGUUAAGUUUGACAAAAAUGGGCCUGCAGCGAUCGCCAAGUAUGACAGUGAAUGCAUUUCUAAAGGGCAAAUUGGCCUUCAGAAUGGGGGAUCUAAUAGCAUUCUUCAAGAUUUACAAGAUGCUACCUUGGGCUCUCUUUUGUCAUCUUUGAUGCAACACUGUGAUCCACCACAGAGAAAGUUCCCGUUAGAGAAGGGGCUGCCUCCACCUUGGUGGCCGACCGGCGGUGAAGAUUGGUGGACCAGAUUAAGGCUUCCGAAAGGCGAAUCUCCCCCAUAUAAAAAGCCUCAUGAUUUGAAGAAGAUGUGGAAAGUUGGGGUUCUUACUGCUGUUAUAAAACAUAUGUCUCCCAAUAUCGCUAAAAUUAGAAGGCUGGUUAGGCAAUCAAAGUGUUUACAAGAUAAGAUGACCGCUAAAGAGAGUUCAAUUUGGUUAGCGGUUUUGAGCCGUGAAGAAGCUCUGAUUCUACAGUCAAGCGGUGACAAUGGUGGAUCGGCAAUCACUGAGACGCCUUCAGGUGGUUGUCUUGAGAAAAAUCGACCUUCAAAUAGCUAUGAUAGUGAUUAUGAUGUUUACGGAUUUGAGGAUGGUGGUGCCGCCUCAGUCUCAUCGAAAGAUGACAGAAGACAACCACGAAAGGAUGCCGAACAAUCUGGCCAUUCUCGUGAUCCACCACCACCGGUCCCGGAUAAAGAACAACCACAACCACGGGCAGAGAAAAAGAGAAAACGGGAGAAGUCAAAGCCUUCUCAAGAGCAAUUAGUAGAUGGGCUGCCUGAUAUAAACCAAGCGGAUGUGUCAUUAGUCGAUUACCCCAUGCAAGAAAACAUACCGGAAGACCAUCCAUUAACCGCCGUGAGGCCACUAGCGGCCACCAAUGGCACCGAAGUUCAGAUUCCACCGAACAUGUUACUGUAUCCACCAGUUCAAGAAUCUGAAUAUAGACCUCAAGGUUUAGGCAUAACCAAUGGACAUGAAGUGGCUGGGGUGCACCAUGGACCUCAAAGCUCAGAAUUGCAUCCUCUAGUUCCUUACAGCCUCUAUAUGCCACCAAUCGAAGAACAACAGCCUGUUCACGAGUUUCAAAUCAGACCAGAAUAUUCUGGAGUCCACGCCCCUGAGUCACAACCGCAUAGAGAUGAGAACUCGAAUGCAAUCCCAGGUGGAUUUCAUAACGAUCAUGAACAACCAGUCGACAACCAGUUUGAAUCAUCAAUCAAUAGCCUGUCACUAGAUUAUCCAGGGUUCAAUAGUCCUUUCAACCUUGGACUCGAUGCAACGACUUCACUGGAUCCAGAUUUGGAUUUUCUGCUUGACGAUGACCUCAUACAGUACUUCGGAGCAUAAAUGUUCAGAAUGUUGUUUAAUUGUAUGAGGAAUAUAUUUAUAUAUAUAUAAUGCAAAGAUAACCAUGGCAUUAUCAAUCGUCGUCCUACUCCUCAAGAACUUUAAGGUUAUAUAACCCUUUUUCUUUUUGCCGAUUUUGGUGGUGGAAUAACGAUGAUGUUGGACAGUUUGCAUGUGAUUUUGCCUGUAAAAUGAAUGUCUCAGCUGGGAAAGUGAAUAUUUUUUAAAAAGAAUUGUGAUUCUUUACCCUUUUCUGUCUAACAAAACCAUUAGAAUGUGGUGGUGUUUACUGUCUGUAGCUUCGUUUCUUGAAAUCAUCCUUUAUUUGGAUGAUUUUCUUUAAGUAGCAGAAUAGAUGUAUUGCCGAUUAUAGCCU